CAUACUUUCCGGGUUCUCGCCACUCUUUGUCUUCGCAAUGGCGGCUCACAGACUCUUCCGGCCAGCUUCCAGAUUACUAUCUUCCCGCUUGUGCUCCGCUCCGCUCCGUUCAACGUUUCAACCAACAGUUUGCACGCAAUCCCUACACCAAAAGCGAACUUAUGCCGAUGCGACCGGCGUGAAAGAAGUUGCGGUCAGAGAUGCUUUAAAUGAAGCAUUGGCCGAGGAACUGGCUUCUAACGACAAGGUCUUUAUUCUCGGAGAAGAGGUUGCGCAAUAUAAUGGAGCGUACAAAGUGACAAAAGGCCUUUUGGACCGCUUUGGCGAUAAGCGUGUGAUUGACACCCCGAUUACAGAGGCUGGCUUCGCUGGAUUGGCUGUAGGAGCUGCGUUGGCUGGUUUGCACCCAGUGUGCGAAUUCAUGACCUUCAACUUUGCCAUGCAAGCGAUCGACCAGAUCAUCAACUCUGCGGCGAAAACUCACUACAUGUCUGGAGGUAUCCAGCCCUGCAAUAUCACAUUCAGAGGACCCAAUGGCUUCGCUGCCGGUGUUGCCGCCCAGCACUCCCAAGAUUACGCCGCCUGGUAUGGAAGCAUACCUGGAUUGAAGGUUCUCGCACCUUGGAGCUCAGAAGACGCAAAAGGGCUUUUGAAAGCAGCAAUUCGCGAUCCUAACCCCGUUGUCUUCCUUGAAAACGAGCUUAUGUACGGCCAAGUUUUCCCUAUGAGCGAAGCUGCUCAGAAAGAUGACUUUGUCCUUCCCAUCGGAAAGGCCAAGAUUGAGCGACCAGGAAAGGACCUGACCAUAGUAACAUUGUCCCGAUGUGUUGGUCUAUCUCUCAACGUUGCGUCUCAGCUCAAGAGCAAAUACGGAGUCGAAGCCGAAGUCAUCAACUUGCGAUCGGUUAAGCCGCUUGACAUUGAAACAGUGAUAAAAUCCGUGAAGAAGACUGGCCAUCUGAUGGCUGUUGAAUCUGGCUUUCCCAUGUUUGGUGUUGCGUCAGAGAUCUUAGCCUUGACUAUGGAAUAUGGAUUCGACUAUCUCCAAGCACCUGCCAUCCGAGUUACCGGCGCGGAGGUUCCCACCCCAUAUGCAUUGAAACUGGAGGAGAUGAGCUUCCCCCAGGAAGAUACUAUUCUAUCGCAAGCCGCCAAACUCCUUCGUGUAUAAGAUUACGGCUGAUACCACUUUCUGAGUUUUUUGGGCUAUGCUGCCACUAUUCUUUUUCCUCUUUCCACCUUUUACAAAAUGUAUUGACUGAUAACCCACGUUUAUUAUGCAGCAUUGCUCUCUUUUAGCUCCCGUCUUUUCCUUGAAACCUUUUCCAAUGUAUAACUAGAAAUUUAUACCGUCACACCAUGCAGUAUUUGAAGACCCAUGGAAUGCAUUUAAGGCUGCAGCUCUAUGACCUGAAAUAGUCAUCAGGUUCUACCCAUUUUGCCAAUUGCUGGUCUUCUGCGAAGUACGGAGUAGAGGGAA